AUGGGAGUAGCUCGUGCUGGAGGUGAAGAGGUAGAGGUCCAGGGAGAAAGGCAGCUCAACCGGCCCCUGCUUGCGUUGCCUGCUCCCCCUCCGCCGCCGCCGCCGCGGUCCAGUCUUCGGCCACUUCCGGUCCCGGUUGCCGAGGAUCCGGAUGAGAAGCUUUUUAGGCAUACCUAUGAGAAAAGGACUGAGAGGAAGUACAUCGAUGAGUCGGUCGGCUAUGGCCUGUUCACGACCGCGCGCAUCCCGGCCGGGGAGGUCGUGUUCGCGGAGAAAGUCGUCUGGCUGGCGGGCACGGAGGCCCAGCGCUGGAAGGGUACCAAGGCGGCCGACGACCUCGUCGCUGAGAAGGUCCGCGCGAUGGGCGAGGAGUGGCACCGGGGUUUCCUGGGGCUUCCGAAUCCGCAGCCCAAGGAGAAGGGCGGGGGUUCGUCCGCGCGUGCGUAUACGCAGAUCUGGAAGAGGUAUCAUAUGAUUGCUCUCCAGUCGCAGAAUGUAAAGGCGUUGGUGCUGGGGCUGAAGCUGGCGUUUGUGAACCACUCGUGUAUUGCGAAUGCGUCUCUCUACUAUACAUUGCGGUAUCCGAGGGAUGAGAACGGGGUGGAGGAUAAGAGCUUGCCGCCGGGGAUUGGGCGGGCGGUAGUGCGCGCGUCCAGGGACAUCAAGGCUGGCGAGGAGAUCACCGUUGCUUACUUCUACGCCAAGGGGGAGUGUGGGGUCCGCCAGUUGAUGUCCAGUAUGUACUGCAAGUUCUGGUGCGUGUGUGCGUUCUGUCGGGAGCCCGUCCCCGAGACGGAGAAUGCUCUGGAAAGGCUCUACACUCUGGAGACCAUCUUCGAGGACGCAGAUACCCUGUAUAAGCGGCCCGCGGUGGUGUUCAAGACCGCAUACGAGCUUAUCAAGCUGUUCGAGCGACUCAAGAUCAGCGACACGCGCGAGGUCCAGGUCUGGCUCUACUGCGCGAUGCUUGCGGGGUUCAACUGCGAUCUCGGCCGGGCUAUGCUCUUCUUGAUCAAGGCGCGCGGCUUGGUCCUAAGACUCCAUGGUCCCAACGGUCACCUGUACGACAGGAUCAGGAUCUAUUGCCAGAUGCCUCCUCUCAUGCCGGGCUUCGGAGCUACCACCCGCGGUCUCUCUGCGGUGAAACAGUGCUAUUUCAUGUUUGCCGAUCAGAAGCACGCCGCAGAUGUCUUGUUCAUGCUCACAGCAAAGCCGGACGAGUACAUCCGCCUGCACCGUUACCGUCGAAGGCCUAACAACCUGGUAAAGCCGGGGGAGAGCAGAUACUUCGUCCGCUACGACGCGCAAGAUGCGAAACGGAAGAAAUUCGAGGAGGAGGAGCCAGACACUGUUGAGUUCAUACCAUGGUGGUAUGAUCCUGAGGUGAGGAAACAGAUCCUCGAGGAGAAAAAGGCCAAGGAGGCGGAGAGGAAGGAGGAAGAGAGCAAGAAGGCAGCCAAGAAGAAGAAGAAGAGGGAGGAACAACCGGGUAAGGAGACUACCGAUCCAGACUGCAUUGAGCCAGAAAAGGAUUUCCUGGAUAUCUGCCGCGAAUUGAUGCGCGAAUUCGACGCUUCAGACGAGGAGCAGCCUGAGAGGGAGCAGCAGGAACUCAGAGAGAAAGACAGGGAAACCCUGAGAAACCUACUGGGCGCAAAGAAUGAACCAAAGAAGCGAGGCGACGAGGAAGACGAAGUUGAGGGCAACCAGAAGCAUGAGAAGCCUGGCGGAUCAAAGACCCAGCUCCCUCCUCACAAGCACGAGCCGGUGCCAUCGCAGCCCGUUGUACGAGAGGUGGCAGCAAGAAAGAGAGUGGUGGUCGAGACGCCUCCUGUUCUGCCGGAGAUAGAACAGUUUGCUCCUAUUGAGCUUUGGUGA